AUGGCUCAUGCUGUCCCUCUCCCCAUACCUUGUCCAGUCCAGCUUGGUACUAUCAAAAAUGAUUCAUUGGAAGCUCAACUGCACGAAUAUGUUAAACAAGGAAACUAUGUUAAAGUGAAAAAAAUCCUGAAAAAAGGUAUUUGUGUUGACACAAUUAACUCCUUGGGCCAGACUGCUCUGUUUACUGCUGCAUUGCUAGGUCUUGGUAAACUAGUAAGUGUGCUCUUGGAUUAUGGAUCAGACCCAAAUCACCGCUGUUAUGAUGGGAGCACCCCAGUACAUGCUGCAGCAUUCUCAGGAAAUCAGUGGAUUCUCAGUAAAUUGUUGGAUGCAGGAGGUGAUCUGCGAGUACAUGAUAAAAAUGGAAGAAAUCCACAGUGCUGGGCUAUGUCAGCUGGAAAGGAAAGUAGUGUUCAGAUGUUAGAAUUUAUACGGCGUUGUGCAUCACACAUGCAGGCUGCAAUUCAGAAUUUCCCCUCUGAUUUACUUAGGAAGGUUGGUUCAUCAAAAGUACUGGUCUGCAACCCAUCUAGAUUUAGUGGCAUUACUCAAGGAAAUGCCGACAGUCCUCUGACUAGACUUCUAAAAGGUGGAGCAAAUUCAUCAAGAAACAUCUACAGUUUUGGCUUUGGGAAGUAUAUGGUUUUGUCUCAGUUUUAUCUAACAGGCAGUAGGCAGCUAGGGUACCUGGCAUCUCUCCCUAUCAUUUGGGAUAAAGAAGUAGUUCAGGCAGAUGAUGAGCCAACAUUCUCUUUCCACACUGGACCAUACAUGAGCAUGACAAAUUUAAUGUGGGGCAGCAGCAGAGUCACAGUGAAGGAGCUCAGCCUUAAACCACAUCAGAACUGUAGUAAGCUACGUUUAGCUGAUCUUCUAAUAGCAGAACAGGAAUAUAGCAGUAAACUUCGUCAUCCUCAUUUGCUGCAAUUGAUGGCAGUUUGUCUGUCCAAUGAUCUGGAAAAAACCCGUUUGGUGUAUGAGAGAGUUAACUUUGGUUCACUAUAUAGCAUCCUUCAUGAAAGGCGUUCAGAAUUCCCAGUAUUGCACAUGGAGACAAUUGUGCAUCUGCUGCUUCAGGUUAAUGAUGCUUUGAGGUUUUUGCACUCACGUGGAUUUAUCCACCGUUCACUCACCUCUUAUGCUGUACAAAUUGUUUCUGCUGGUGAGGCAAAGCUAACCAACUUGGAGUACAUGAUAGAAAGCAAGGAUGGAGGAGACCACAGUGAUCUCACACGUGUUCCUGUCCCAGCCCAGCUGUAUAAGUGGUGCGCUCCUGAAGUGAUCCUCGAAAAGGCCGCCACAGUCAAAUCAGACAUUUAUAGCUUCUGUAUAGUAAUGCAGGAAGCCCUCACAGAAACUCUUCCCUGGAAUGGGCUUGAAGGCUCAGGUAUUAAAGAACUCGUAGUUUCUGGGCAACAUUUGGAAACUGAUGUCAGGCUUCCUAACCCGUACUAUGACAUUGUAAAGACAGGUCUAGCGCCUAAACAAAACGACCGCUCCAUGAGUCUUCAGGAUAUUCGCUAUAUAUUGAAGAAUGACUUAAAGGACUUGAUUGAGUCUAGAAUUGGUCGCUCUGAUGAAAGCUCAACUGCACAAAGGCAUGACAUAUUUCCAGAUAUAAACAUCUGUUUGGGGUCCGCAUCUAAUUACAAGAGGGAAACGCUAGAGCUGCAAGGAGAGGAGAUAACAAAGACUGAUGGCAGCUUUACUGCACCAAGAUGUUCAGUUUCUCCUGCUGAAAAAGAAACCAUCAUAGAUCGUGAGGGUAUAACUUGUAUUCAGCCAGUUACACAGGAUCUGAGCCAAGAUAUAGCUUCUGAACUCCAGAGGACCUACAGUGUUAGCGAUGUGGACGACAGCCUUUGUAGUUUUGAAAUCAAUGAAAUCUAUGCAUGUUAUCCAGAAUUACAUGAAGAUGUUCUGGAAGAACUAGCUGGAUUAGAUCGUGCUUUGGAAGAUCAAAUAAAACAGCAAAAUGUAGACGAGGACAGGGCCGUCUCCCAGAUCCUACCUCUGCUUCCUAAAAUACAGUUAGUGGAGCAGCCAAAUUCUAGUGAAGAAGGCAGCUCUUCAGAAAUGGGUACAGAGUACAGUAUAGAGGAGGUAGAGAGACUAAGUGAGGCCUCCGAGUCAUGCAUGCUGCACUGUUUGCGAGCAGAUGUCAGGGAAAGUGUGCGUAGCCCAUCCAAAACUGAGCAGCACAUCAGCAAAUGUGUCCUUAAUCUCAAGAUUUCUCAGACCUUAUUGCGGCAGGCAACAGAUUCCCUUUACAGAACAGAGGUGAAAUUAGACAAAUUAGAGACUGUUCAAAACCAACACAAGCUGCUUAAGGAAAUCCAAGCAGAACAAGUUUCUAAGCAGAAGUCCAUAGAGAGCUACUUAGAUAAAAUUGAUGAUAUUCUCAAAAAUAUCAAGAUCCCCUUUUCAGGUGCUGGUGCUUUUUUGUGGAAGGCAGUAGGCCCUCCAUCAAGGAACUAUAUACCACCACCACUGCGAGUGCCUGGGGCACAAAGUGCUUUGGAGGUUGACCAUUUCCAGGCUAUCUCAAAAGCUAUGAAGGAACCAAGGGCAAUUCAGAGUGAGAAGAUUGAGUGCGUUGAUCAAAGACGUAAGAAUAAAGAUGACUGCCAGAAUGAUUUCAGCUUCAACAUGGUGAAGAGUACUGAGGCUCGAAUAGUGCCAAACUAUCAGCAAUUGCAUCCACCUGUGGCUGUAAGACGGAAAAAAAAUGUCAACUUGCAACACCAUAGAGGAACUGAUUCAAGUUCUGGAGGAAGUGGAAUCGAGGAAGAGAAAUGGUUUUUUCCAAAAUCAGCAUCUGAAAUUUAUAACACAAGGAGAAGUGAGGAGCGAAGGAUGGUGCAGUCAGAAUGGAAGACUGAAGUGAAACAAAUGGCUAAAAGAGUGGCGUCUGGGCAGCUGGGACUUCUCCCUCCGUAUCCGCCGAGUGAAUGCACCUCAGAAAGCGAGGCAGAAAGUGUGAAGGAAGCCUUUCCACGUAUCACCUUCAGGGGCCAGGAAUGUACUGGCUGGCAGAGAAAGGAUGGCAGGUGGCACACAGGCGAUGGCACUGAAACCCAGGAUCUGGGCAGGAAGGAGAUGGAUGAGUCAGAGGAGAGUGACUUGGAGUCUGUAUUCAGAAGUUUUUCAGGCAGAAGUUGGCAGUCUCUAGCAAAAGAUGAGCAAGCAGAGUGCGGAGCAAACCUUCCUAAAAAUUCAAUCAGUCCAACAGAAGCUGAGAAUCCCUGCUGUGAACAUUCAAGUGAAUUAACUCGUUCCCCCAGUUCCUCUCCUGACAUAUCAGAUGAGUUUUUCACUCCUGAUCCGGAUUAUUUUUUCUCUCCAGCUGCUCAGGAAAACUCAGAACGAGAGACCUCAAUUUCUGAAGAUGAGUUAGAAGUAACCCAAGAAGCCUGUGUACAGAAAUCAACCUCUACUGAUACAGGAUCAGGAGAGAAAAUAUUUAUGUGCAACGCAGCAGUAAAAGGCCUUGGCAGUAACGAAGUGAGAGUGAAUCAAGUCAACCAUACUCCUGUAGCCAGUGCUGAAGCAUCACAAGAAAUGAUAUCUAAGGAGACACCGAAAGAGUUCAAAGAGAAAGAUAUAUCAUUGACAGAUAUUCAGGAUUUGUCCAGUAUUUCAUGUGAGCGAGAGAACUCUUGUAAGGAUAUAACUUGUAAAACACCCAGAGUGAGUCAUGCACCAACUAGCGUCAGCACUCCACUCAGCCCAGGGAAAAAAGUGUCAUCAACCAUCAAGAAAUGCAGAGACUGCCAUGAAAUUCCCCUGGAUACCUCUUGUUGGGCUACUCAGGAGACUUCCCUAACAGUGUCUAGUAGCUUCAUUACAGCCCGUGAAAAGGGAAAGAACUCAGAAACCCCCUUCCUUUCUUCAGAAGCCUACUUCUCUGGAUUGACUGAGCCUCUGAUUCGAGCCCAGCUUUCUCCCAGGCAUCAGACCACUUUAUUAAUGAGCUGCCUCCACCAGCCCAGGAGCUACUUGAUGAAAUCGGAAGGCAGAAGGAAAAGGGGGAAAGCAGUUCUCACUCAAAUUAAUCCAGAAGACAAAGAGGAGGAAGAAGAAAUUGAGAAUAAGGGAGAGAGAGAUCACAGCUUUUCGACUAAAGAGAUAUUGAAUCUAGCAGAAGAAACAGAAAGGGCUCAUUCUACUCUUGAUGAUCUCUUAGAAAAAAUUCUCCAACCAAUUCCGGAGGAUGAUGAAGUCCAAGGAGAACCUCGGGAAUGCCUUGUCAGAAAGCAGAUUGUCAUUCUGGUGGCAGCAAUGCCUUAA